AUGCUAUCAUCAACUUCACUCGCUUUAUUGGGCUUGACCUUAUUCGCCGGAUCAGCGGUUGCAGACUCGGAUGUUUCUGCAAGCGGCCUUCCGGACGAUUACCAAUGUGUUGGUACUUUUAUCUUUGGAAGACAUAAUGACAGAGUGACAAAACCAGCAAAGGUUCUUACUACUUUAGGUGCAAAAGAGCAAGUGGCAUCAGGUAGUUUUUACAGAAAGAGAUACUUCGGUCUCACUGAAGAUGGCAAUGAAACAUCUAGUGACUUCAGGAUUGAUGGCUUGAAUGAUCAAGGUGUUUUCGUUUACGGCGAAACGUAUUCACAGUGUCCAGCAAAGACAGUUCUUGAAUAUUCGCAACUGUCGUUCUUGCAAGGUUUGUACCCACCAACUAGUGCUUUGGACUCGAACUCAACACUCUCUGAUGAGGAUGAUUCUGCCUUGUCAAAUGGUACCGAGGUUUCUGCACCUUUUGACGGAUAUCAAUAUGUUUUCAUGGAUAUCCAGCAGGAAACCUCCGAUGAGUAUUUCUACAUUGAAGGAACAGAAAAUUGCCCAACAUCUGACUCUGCGAUCGAAAAAUGGGAGACUGGCGAUGAGUUCAAAAAGUUGAACGAGUCCACGUUUGAUUUCUACCAGUCAUUGUCACAAAUUCUCCCUGAGAGUAAGUAUCCUAAGUCUAAGUUGAACUUUGGCAAUGCAAUGAGCAUUUUCGACUUCAUGAAUGUCAACUACAUCCACAACAAGGAGCUCGCCAGCAAGUACAACGAGACUUUGUUGAGAAAAGUCGCUGUUUUGGCUGAUAAGGCCCAAUGGGGUAUUUCUUACGAUGCAUCCAAUACUUUGAACAACUUCACUAUUGGAGGAAGAGCCUUGCUUGGUGCCGCCUACCACUAUCUUAAUGCUACUAAGAUCGCUGGUUCGCCAUACAUAAACUAUCUCAUCGGUUCCUAUAACACCAUGUACCAGAUGAGUGGUCUUCUGCAGCUUAAUAAGGUCUCGGACAACUUCACUGGAAUGCCAAAUUACGGUGCCACUUACGUGUUCGACCUUCUCAAAGACAAGAGUAGCAACUACUACGUGAUGUUCUCCUUCAGGAAUGGAACCUACGAUGGUGUUCCACUCACGACAUAUCCAAUCUUUGGCACUAGUGAUAAUCUUAUGAAAUGGUCCGACUUUGAGGACAACAUCAACAAGGUUGCCAUCAAAAAUCUCAAGCAGUGGUGCAAUAGCUGUGAAUCCGAGGCUUCCCAGUGUGAUCAGUACUCAUCUGCCUACACUUACGGUACAAAACUCGAAGAUGAUGGUGUUAAUCUCUCUUCUCUCGCAAGUGGUGAGACACAUGUUGAAAGUUCUGGUGGACUUACCAAUGCCGGAGCUGGUGGAAUUGGUGCUGGUGUUACAAUUGGUGUCUUCCUUAUUAUUGGUACUUUGGGCUAUCUUUUGUACAGACACAGAAAGAAUUCCAAAACCGAUAACGAUGAAGAAGCUACUGCAGGUCGUAAUAUUGCAUUACAUGAGCGUACUAUCACCCCAGUGACAUCAAACACGAUCUCUUCUGGUUUUGUUGACCAAGAAAAGGUCUCUCAAAGCAGCCAGCCCGAGAGCACUGUCUGA